AUUUGUUUAUUUUUAUUUAUGUAUGUUAAAUGGUCUUUAAACUUAAUUUUAAAGUUCUGUGUGAUGUGAAGCUAGGAGCGUUAGACAGCUCUACGCGGGGUUACAUUUAACUGUCAGUUGGUUUAGCGGUAAAAAUGACUUCUGGCGGGAUGAGCUAAUACCCUGCACAUUGUGUUCAGUUAUUUUGUCUGUUUUUCGUGGGUUUUUAAUGGUAAAAAUAAAUAUUUAUGUUACUAAAACAAGGAUCUAUUAGUGGAGAAUAAAGGGAAACGAAAAUUUUAAUAAUUUUGACCGAUUUUAGUAUUGCAUACUACAUAGUUUUAGUGUCGGCUUAAUAAGGAAAAAAUAAAUGAUAAGACUUCACAUUACAAGCAACGAAAAGACUGAUCCAUAAAUUAUUAAAUAAAUUAUUAAACAAACAACAAAAUGAGCGAACACAAAAACCAAGAUCCCAAAUUAAAGGAGUUCGAUAAGGAUAAACUGAACCAUGUGGGACAGUACAACGAGGGGGAGUAUGGCGACACGAAUAAGUUGUCGUUUCAGGAGUUGUUGAAAAUACACAGAAACCAGACUGUAUGGGGGUUUAAAUUUGGGGAGGAGGUUAUGGCGAGUACAAAAAAACGCGAUCAGACAAUGCUGGAGAAACGACAGGAGGAAGAAGUCGGUGGCGAACAAAAAGAGUUUACCGUGGAGUUGCAGGAGAUCAUGGAGAACAACGAUUUACCCGGACCUUCCUCAAAAAUAGCAGAGCAUAAAACACCACAUUCACGUAAAAAAACAAGCCCUAGUCGGUGUAGUAAACGCAAAAGUUCACGACAAAAUGAUUUCGUUUCGCCACAAAAAACACGGCGGGCGCCAUUACCUCUGAUGUCAUGGGCUGAUAGUAAAGAAGUUUGGCUUUUUAUGGUCUACAAAGAAGAGGCUUCAUUGAACCUCAGAAAUCCACGACUGUUUGAAGACUUUUCCAACUUUAUCCCGCGUAUGAGGGCUAUAUUACUGGAUUGGGUAAUGGAAGUUUGCGAAGUAUAUCAUCUCAGACGUGUCACUUACUAUCUAAGUGUAGAUUACUUCGACAGAUUUCUCUCUAUACGACCAGAUGUCCCCAAAAAUCAACUCCAAUUAGUCGGCGUAACAUGUUUAUUUCUUGCAUCAAAAUUGGAGGAAAUCUACCCUCCCAAACUCACAGAAUUCUCCUAUGUGUGUGAUGGCGCCUGUAGCCCGGAAGAAAUAUUAGCUUGUGAGUUACUAAUCCUUAACAGUUUAGGUUGGGAUCUAAACAUCAUGACUCCAAGCGACUGGCUUAACCUGUACAUGCAAAUUCACUUUCAAGCCCCAACAGUUGCCAGACAAAAGUUACACGUUGACAUGAACAAACAGUUCCUCUUUCCCCAAUACUCAGGUUAUCAGUUCACCCGCGCUUCACAACUGCUCGAUAUGUUCUCACUGGACCCGGGAUUCCUCCGCUUCAGCUACAGCACCAUUGCAGCUGCAGCCAUGUACUUUAUGUACGGUAAAAAAGCCGCCCUGUUAGCUUCAGGAUUGACGUGGAAACAGCUUCAACCGUGUGCGGAGUACAUGGCGGUUUUCUAUCACGUGUUAAGAGACUCCUGCGAUCCAAAAUUGCAGUCGUGUAAAGGAGACGCGGCUUCAGAAGACCAAUCAUCGAGAUCUCUAGCUAGUAUAAGAUUCAAAGUUAAAAACCUCGUUAAAGAUGAGAAUCAUUCACUACAAACCCAUGUAGUGAACAUGGAGUAUUUUGAAAAAUCCGCCAUCAUAAGACUGGAACAGAUGGGUUUAAAAGUUAAGAAAACUUACGUUAAAAAACGAAAAUCCCCUACAAAAGAAGACGAAAAAGAAGAAGAAAAAGAAGACGAAAAAGAAGACACAAACGAAGAUUACACCAUGGUUUGCAUGUAUGACGUGGAAAAACUUUCGUGCGAUGCCGAAGCGUUGUGCGAGGAAAGUUUAAAUGUUACUGCGCCUAAUUCAGAUGCCGAUUUAAUUAUUCCAGAUGAUGAUAAAGCUGUUUUAAGUUUUGAUGAAAUUUUAGAAGGAAUUGUUAAAUGUAAUCAAAAAAAUUUGCCGAUUCAACUUCAGACUUGUCAAGAAAUGUUGGAAGAGAAUGAUGUGAAAAGAGAGUUUUAGUUAGUUUAAUAUUUAAGUACAAAAUUAAUAAAAAUAUAAGUAUUUAAUAUCAAAUAAUUUAGGUUCAUUUUUAAUACAGAAUUUGACAUCAAAAUAUAAGUUAAAAUUGUUUACACUUCGUUUGUUAAUAUUCACAACUGCAGUUUUCUUUUAAUACAUUAAUGUAACUUAAUUUGGUAUAAAAAAUGGACUUCAAAUAAAUUUUGUGAUCUUUUUGAAUGAUUAUAAUUUUAAGAAUAUUAAAUAUACAAUGAAAAUAAUUGGGAUUUGUGGAAGUUGUAGAUAAUAUUCUUAUAUAAUACUGUACAUAAUAUAAAAAAUUUAAAUUUUAUCCACUUUCCUAAAUUAUUUAUAAGCGUAGUGUUUUCUAAAGAAAACCUUUUAUUUAAAUCACAUUUUUAGAUAAAAGGUUUUUUAGUUAAGUACGUCUUAAAUUACGAAAUAUAAUUUAUUUUCCUAAAACUUAUUAUUAUUAGACCAAUGUUGCAUUUUUGCGAAUGCACUAAUUAUCGAAUUUUUACUGUGUAUAUUUUGUAUGUAGAAAAUUGUGAUCUCUGUUUCUUUUAAAAUGUAUUUAAUGAAUCCUAUUUAGGACUUUUGUAGUUUAACAUUGUAAAAUGUUAAUUUUGACAAUAAAUAAAUUUGCUGAUAA